CGGCGAGUGGAUGAUUGUUUUUUUGGUGAAAAAGCGGUGCGGUUCUCAGGGGAGCUAUGGAGACUACUAUGGAACUACAACAAGGGGCCGAUGACUGGUUGAUUACUAUGGAGAGGGGAUGUCAGCAGCUGCAGGCAGUGGUGGGGGUGUUAGUGGGCCAGAUGCAGAAGGGGUCGAAGGUUGAUGUGGGGGAGAUGAAACUGGACGAGUGGUUGGAAGCCCGAGGUCAAGAUAUGUUAGAAAUUCUGUGGGAACUGGAGGAGGGGCCGGAUCCUCGGUUUGAAGCAUAUCUUGAUUGGAGACGACUGGACCCAUCUUCAUAUCUUGAUUGGAGACGACUGGACCCAAAGAUGGGCGUCUGUCAGGCUUUAUUUCGGGAGGGCCGUGACCUGCGCUGGCGAAUGGAGGAGUGGUUGGAGGAGGAAGACAUAGGGGUGGAAGGGGGGCUACCUCUUGUUCAUUCUCCUGCUGGGUGGGUAGGUGGUACGGUUGUUUCAGCUGAUCAACCAGGGAUAACUGAAGGGCCCAAUACAACACGCUGUACUUUGGUGAAGGGGACUACUGCGACAUCAUCGCUGAUACCGCCAACAAGUGCAGCAACAGCGCAAGGAUUAACAACAAUCACGGCAGAAAUACCGUCACAAACAACAGAGGCAGUACCAAUGGAAGUGCUGGAGUUGGGAGUGGCCAAGAUGACAACAUCGACGGAGGCGAAGAUGACACAUCGACAACGAUGAUGACAAUAACAACAGCAACAGUGACACAUCGACAACGAUGAUGACAAUAACAACAGCAACAGUGACACCGACAACAGCGACAACAACGCUAACCACUGAAAACUCCAUCACAACUGACGGGGGAAAAGGAGUGGGCAACCAUGAAUCUUUGAGGAGAAAGGGCGUCGCCGCACGGGACACGAAAUGAAAAACGAAACGAGUGCAUCUUCCUGCAGAAAAUGGCCAGGUUCAUCGGUUUGCUAUAAAUAGUAACGAGUGUAUUUUGCCACCUUUCCUWGGCAGAUGCACUCGUUUCGUUUUCGUUUCGUGUGCCGUGCGGCGAGACCCAAAGUCUCGCCGUUUCCCAGACUGGCAAUACGAUCUACUAGUACUAUAAUUACCGAUUACAGCAACGAUGAUUAUCCAGAAUGAGAGCAUACUCACACUGGCACAAUCUUAAUUGUAUCUGACCAUAAUUACGGCCCGAUUUGGAGGUACCUGACAGCAAUUACGUUCCCAAAUAAGUAAAGAAGUCCUAGUGUG